GAACUGUCAACAUUUUAUAAACAAAAAAGAUAGCGGCGUCGAUUUUCAUCCUUGGGAUUUUGUAAUUAUAAAAUUGUAAAAAAAACUUGUAUUUCCUCGUGAAAAGACGCAACAUAUUAGUUUGGAUAAAGCGCAUUUACAUCAGGAACUGACUAAUCGAAAUGGCAACCGUAAUUGAUCCAGAACUGCGCACCAAAAUUGACACCGCUUGCCGGACGGCCGAGGAAUUCACUAAACUUUACUACGAAAGCGUAGACAAAAAGCGCCAUCAAAUGGCCCGGCUCUACAUGGACAACGGUUUGCUGGUGUGGAACGGAAACGGUGCCAACGGCAAAGACAACAUCCAAAAGUAUUUCCAGGAACUGCCCCGAUCGGAGCACAUCAUGAACACCCUGGACGCACAACCAAUCAUUGACGAUGCUGUGUCCUCGCAGCUGACGUUCAUCAUCCAGGUGUCGGGAACGGUCAAGUUCCAGGACAAUCCCACCAAACCAUUCCAGCAGACGUUCAUGAUCACGGCCCAAGGGGACAAAUGGAAGAUUGCGAGCGAUUGCUUCCGCUUGCAGGAUGCUAUCUUUUAAGGAACUGGAUUAAAUACAAGGACGAAUCGUUAGAGGA